GACGUCACACAUGUGGUAGCUAGACCAUAGUCUGAGUAUCGGGUGCCAUGGAACCCUGACCGCCUGUGUUCCACCCCAAGACCAUCUUCCUUUCUCCAGCCUACAGUUUCAACAGCUAACACCUGCUAAAGGAUGUCAGCUGAGCCGGUAAGCCCCUCGCUCAAAGACAUGCCGAAGGUCGCCGUCGAUCUGAAGACUCAGCUCGAAGGGUUCAACACCGAACGUAUGAAGCACACGGACACGGAGGAGAAGAACCCGCUUCCCACUGCCGAAGAUGUCGCUAUCGAAAAGACCCAGAGGGACCUUUUGCUCGGAGUACAGUCUUUUGAGACCUGCAAGCUCAAGCACACCGAAACCCAGGAGAAGAACCCGCUCCCGGAUAAAGAUGCUGUUAUGCAGGAGAAGGUUCAUCAAAACUUAAUCUCCGGUGUAGAAGGCUUUGACAAAAGGACAAUGAAACAUACCGAAACAAAGGAAAUGAACACCCUAGCAGAUCCUGAAGUGAUCGAGGCUGAAAAGGGUCAGCUGAAUCUCUUCAAUGGCAUCGAGAACUUCGACCUUCCCCCACUCAGCAUUCUAAUGUGCCCCAUUCACUUUCCAAAAGUGACUGAAAGUGUCAUCCUCAAAAUGUGA